CUUCCGCUUCCUCCUGCCUCCUGUCCCGCUGCUGCUGCUUGCUCAGGGUGCCUCUCCAGCUCUCCAUAGCGCAGUGUCUGCAGAAGCGCUCCGGGCCCUGAGCUGUCAGCACCACCGCCCUCCAGGCCUCGGACGCGAUGCAGGCCAUAAAGUGUGUGGUGGUGGGAGAUGGAGCCGUGGGCAAGACCUGCCUCCUCAUCAGCUAUACCACCAACGCCUUCCCGGGAGAGUACAUCCCCACCGUGUUUGACAACUAUUCAGCCAACGUGAUGGUGGACAGCAAGCCCGUGAACCUGGGGCUGUGGGAUACGGCGGGGCAGGAGGACUACGACCGCCUCCGGCCGCUCUCCUACCCGCAGACGGACGUCUUCCUCAUCUGCUUCUCCCUUGUCAGCCCAGCCUCCUAUGAGAAUGUCCGGGCCAAGUGGUUCCCGGAGGUGCGGCAUCACUGCCCCAGCACGCCCAUCAUCCUGGUGGGCACCAAGCUGGACUUGCGGGACGACAAGGACACCAUCGAGAAGCUGAAGGAGAAGAAGCUGGCGCCUAUUACUUACCCGCAGGGACUGGCGCUGGCCAAGGAGAUCGACUCAGUGAAAUACCUGGAGUGCUCGGCCCUCACCCAGAGAGGCCUGAAAACCGUCUUUGACGAGGCGAUCCGGGCUGUCCUGUGCCCCCAGCCCACGCGGCCACAGAAGCGGCCCUGCAGCAUCCUCUAGGGGACACACCCAGCCCUCCCAGCCAGAUGGUUCUGAACCUCCAGGGCCCCCACCCAAAGCCCCAUGGCACCCCCGCUGGCCAUGCUGUCCCCUUCCUGUGGCGUUUCUUAGCAAGAUGGCUGCAGAGCUUGGUUCAUCAUCUUCUCUGUGCUGGAGUCCCCCCCCCCCGGGGAAGAGUGUGAAUUUGUAGGUGCUGCGUCCCCAUCCCCUCAUGCUCCUGCCUUCCCAGGGGCCAGAGGGGAGCCCCAGGACCGAUAAGCCACCCCUGUGUUGCUGUGGUCAGAUGCCACACAUGGCAUCAUCUACCUGUUUACUCCUCCCUCCCAAAACCUGAAUCCCUUCUGGAAACUUCGGGCCAGAUGGUUCCCGGCCACCACUUAUAUUCCUUCAGGGAUGGGUCUCUCACUCUCCUGUGAGGCAGUCUCCUCCAAUAUUGAUGGUCUUGCUUGUCUGAGAGUUCUCCUACUGAGCUAAAUUAAGUGUCUGAGAAGUUUGUUCUCCUGGUCUUAGUCCUCCUUUUGGGGACAACAUAAAACAUUCAGAUUUUCUGAAACUCUGUGGGCACCUGCCCAGCCAAUCAAAAGGCUGGGUCCUGCUGACUCCUGCCACCUCUCAAGUCUUUCUGCUCCACUCACAGGAUCCUGAGCUGCAUUUACCUGUGACAGUCUUAAAACUUUCAGACCCUGCCAGUCAGGAUUUCUGUCAUUGCAAAUAGAAACCCAAUUCAACCUGCUUAAGCAGAAAAUAAAUUUACUGAUUCAAGUUUGGAAA